AUGAAAGUCAGGUCCUCCAGGUUGAAUGUAGCAUGGAAUGCUCUCUGCACUGGUGAACAAGAGCAAAGUCACUCAGCAGGUACUGAUAUAGUUCAUGGUAGAUGGUAUUUAUUAUAGAAUUGCAUAAUUGAGUAAAAUCACGCAUUCUGAUUGGUUAAGGAAGAGAGGUAUUCAGUGUGGAAUUGCGAGUUGAAAAGGAGGCUAAGGGAUGUUUUUUCGCAUCUACGUAACAACUAUCGUCAAAUUGUAACACAACAACUGCUAAAAAGGUUUUCUACAAUGUCAUUUUAAAAUGUUUUCAAAAUCAUUGUCACCUUUUGUAUAUCCUUUCUUAACAUACUGAAAUGUCGCCUGGUCCUCCACCUACUGUUCCAACCUAAACUGUAUUUACCUUUUGCAAAAGCGUCUAGUGCGGCUCAUAACAAAAGCUCACUAUCUAGCAAAUACCGCCCCUUUGUUUAGCCAGCUUAAAGUCCUUGACAUAUUUAGUAUUAAUUUAUUUUCUGUCACUACUUUUAUGUAUUGUUAUCACCAUAAUCUUUUGCCUAGUAGCUUUCGUGACUUGUUCUUAAGUAGUAAUCUGAAGUCCAUCAAUACCAAAAUUUGACUGGCCUCUCAGUAUAGACCUCAUUUUUGUAGAUCAAAUAUAAAGCAAUUCAGCAUCCUUUACCGAGUGGGGGGGGACAGGGGGGUGACAACCUCCCGCUUCCCGUACCCCGUUCUCCCGCCUCCCGUACCUUUUUGUUCCUGUGUCUCCCGACUCCCGCCCUUUAUUGUAUUUUUCCCGUCAUCAUGUAAAUUAAAAAGAUCAGAAGCCCGGGUUUAGUGUUAAAGCUGUAGGGUAAUUUGCCAAAGAUGAAAAUUGUUACAAGUCAGUUUUCUUAGUUAAACUGAGUUUUCACUAACCUGGUUAUCUAGGUUUGACCACCGCUUCUGACAUCCCACUACAGCGACAAUAGUCUUAGUCCACUGUGCAGUGUAAUAGCUAUUGCAGUUAUCAAAGAUGCAUUAACAUGCAUUUAGGAAUCCCGAAAUUACGGGGAUCGUGCCAAAAUGAAGUCGAAGGGCCAAACGUUACGGUAGAGUUAAGUACUCCUGUCUAGUUCCCAGCGUCUAAUUGUACUCAUUGCAUAUCCACCGCGGUUAGUUUUCGUUAUUUUUCGUAAGUAGUCGUAAGCUAUAAAAACUGACUUCAACGAGACAAUAAUUGCAUGUUCGUUAACCGUUUGCAUUUUAAAGCGUUCAGUUUAGUGCUGGUGGAGUAUUAUUGUUUGCUGGUUAUCAAAUCUCAAACCUAUUCAUAUCUGUCUUUUUUCCGCUUUGAUGGCGGCGCAGUUUCAUCAGCUUCAACGCUGGCAGAGGGUUCGCCCGAGUUAGUAGGAGGUGCAGUGCUUGUCGAAGUAGAUCUACUAGGAACUUUCCUUUUCCGCCCCAGCAGAGACGUUUCAAUGAGUUUGACUGAAAGGUUGCGAACAUAGCAAACGUAUAGUGUUAGUGUGGGAACGAAAGAAAUGAUAACAACCGCAAAACUUGAAUCUUCAUUUUUUUAAAUAGAAGGCUUAAGGACGGUGCCUUUUUUUGUUACUGCGCAUACGUUCUAAGCAUCUCGGGUCUUGUCCGGGAUAUUUAAGUUUCUCUGUGACUUGUUAAGGAAUUUGUCUACUGAUGCGAGGUAUUUUCGCGCGGUUUAGCCUGUGUAGAAAAAGCAGCAAGGGCUAUCAGAAUCCAAAAAUAAAUUUCAGGUACGUAACCACCCAUUUUUCAGAGAUAAUUGAGCUAAAAUUGGAAAGAAACUGCCGUACAUUCUUAGUAUUUAAAGUCUGUUUUAGAAUCAUAAUUAUUUCUGAAAAAAGCGUGGUUAAUUACGCACAUUUUUGUUUUUACAUUUCAAUAACCCUUGCUAACAUCUGCUUUUUGUCCAUGGUGAUAAUCUUUGCAAAAAUACCUCUGUAUUAGGAGGCAGCGUCCUGAAAUGGUAAAAUUUAAUAAGGAGAAAAAAAUAGCGCGUUUGUUUACUGUCAACAACAAUCGUUCGUUCUGUACGCGCCAUCACUGGCUUUAAAAAGAAAAACACUUGGAGAUACACAUCCCGUACCAUCCCUUGUGUGUGUUCUUCUUUUCUUUUUCUUUUUUGCAUUUAUUAUCUUCACUGUGUUUCAAAAUACUGCCAUGCUGUUUUCAAGACAGGCCAUUAAAUUUAUGGGGUUUUACUGCUUCGCAUGAUGUGUCCAGGUUGUGCAAUGUUGUCGAUGUUAAUCAUUGACUGAAUUGUUUGAAAGUGCUUCAAGACCAGCAACCGCGCUACCGAUAUUCCUCUCGCAAAAUCGUAUUUCUUCAAAAGUUGACAAAUUUGGUGAUACUUUGCUUGAGAUAAUCAAAAUGCAUGUACUACUAUUGUCACUAUUGGCGACUGUGAAAAAUUUAAAAUUACACUGCAAAGUACUACGGGAAAUCACACCUACCGUGCAGUUCGUAAUCUUUUGUUAUUACUUUUUCUUUGUUAUCUAUGAAGUUCAACCGGACAGCGUCCUACGCUGUUUGACUUCCUAUUCUAAUAGGGAGUGCUUUGGCCUUAUCCAAAACAAAAAAUUGCGUUGUAUAUCUAACCACUCCGCACUCUCCAGCGCGAUCAUUGAAUUUGCAUUCCCUGGACACAAGUUUGCACCUCGCCGUAAAAUCUUUAGUGUUUUGCAAACUACAAUCGUACGGAGCGAGCUCCCAGGAAGGUCUUCGGUGUACGGAUUUUUCCACACCACACAGGAAAAAUACUUAGACUGAUUAAAAUGGUCUUUGACGACAUUUUACCUGCGAGACAGGUCAAACAGACGAGACACUGACACGACUUACACAGUCGACACACGUGUACAUGUGUCACGCCACCUCAUUCAUGAGGACUCGUGACCUAUGAUGUAACCGACUUGGAAAAGUUUCCAGUUUCACCGGAAGUAAUGCUCUUUUUUCUAUCCCGAGUGCGAAUUUACGUUUUUUGACUUUUCUCGCAUUAAAAUUUUGAUUUAGGGCCUCGGAGAACGUUAAAUGGAAGUCAAGAAACGUUGUUGGGUUCGUUUCUUUGACUGGAUGAUGAGCAGUAACAAUUAACGAAAGCUUGCCUUUUGGAAUUUCUCUCCCGCUUCCCGCUAUCAUAGAGAUCCCGCUUCCCGCCCUUUCUUCUCCCGUCUCCCGUACCCCUCCCGCCCCCUGUUCUCCCGGGCUCCCGCCCCCCUGUCCCCCUCCACUACCGAGGACCUAAAAUCUGGAAUUCGUUGCUUGUUUCACUAAUUAGCUCUCCUUCUAUAUUUGUUGUUAAAAAAAAUUUAAAGAAUUAUCUCACUGAUAGCCGAUCUGUCGUUUAAUUUUCUGAUCUUGCUCACUCUGCACUCAGCCAUGAAUUUAGUCCUCUAGGUAGUUGAAGGAAGCCUAUUAAUAUAAGCUUCAAGCUUCGUUAGACUUCCUUGUCACAUUAAUUUUAUAAUUUAAUUAACACCUUUUGUUUAUGUUGUAUAAGGUUUUGUGAGUGACUAAAUAAAUAAAUAGUUAAAAACAAACAAAAGCAUUUUUUAAAGUGAUCCGGAGGUUCUUCCUUGUUUUGAACUAAACUACAAAUUCUUGGAGAGGUAUAAAAAACCCCUUUCGCUAGCGACAAUGAGAAAACAAGAAAAUCCUGUGAACACAGCCCAGAAAAUAACAAGCCAAAUUCAAACAAACAAAACGGAGAAGCGACAAUGGAGGAAGUGCCAGGGUCAAUUGUCACAUAUACAGAAGAAGAAAUAAAUACCUUCAAAGAUCACAUUGUCCCUGAAAACACGAAAAAGAGUACGCCACUUGCAUUUAUCCUGAAUCGUGGUACUUAGAAAAGUACAAAACAGAGCUGAACUUGAACAGCAUUUUUAAAACAUUUCAAGGUACAGUCCGUACUUACCUUAUAUCAAUCGCAACGUUAAACUUUCAGUGCUUUGCCUUGGACACUUCAUUUCUUUCAGUUUUGCUACCGAAGAGGUAAAAGGUGUAAAUUAUUUUCCUUUGCGAGCAUAAUGACCAAUUUGAAAAAGGAUGUUAUAGAUAACCGGCUUGUAAAUUCAGUGAAAUACCUCUAUUUAUCCUUACAAUUAGUGUGAAGCUUGUUCAUGUGUAAAAAAGUUUGAAAACAAAUGUAAAAACAAGCACAAGGUACCAAAAAAGUUGUCAAAGGUUCAAACGUGUAUGACUGACCUUGCUUCCUAUUCGCUAACGCAAUGACAGGUUUGACAUUUGACUUUGAAAUGGCUUUCUGGGGCGCAUGCUCAGGAUAAAAACAAACAAUAUUAUUGGUGUUUUCUUUUUUUUUCUGAUUUUUAUUUGAUUAUGCGAUUCAAGGAAAAUCCAUUACCUGACUCGUGAAUUCCACGUUAAAUUGCACUUGAAAACCGAUAUCGGUUUUCGUGUGCAAUUUAAGGUGGAAUUCCCUCGUCAGGUAAUGAAUUUUCCUAUAAAACUUGCUAAUAUACGUGGAAAAAUUUCUUGAAUCAGAUUGGCUUAGAGCAGUGCAGUUUUUAGUAAACACAGUACAAAAACAAGGAAACAUAAUGCAAAAAUAAGGAAAUAAAGUGCGAAUUUCUCAGAGAAUGAAAACCUGUGAUUGGCUAAUAAACAAUCAGUGUUCUCCAGAAGCGCGUGCAACUGGCAGUUCCACUGGGAACUCUUUUCCAAAGUGCCAGCUUUUCUUAUGAGUCAAAACAUAAAAAAAACUGUCUGCAACUUUUAUCUUCAAUUUUUCGUAAGUUCCAUUUUUUUCCGCGAAGGAUAAAACGGCACCCGAAGCAAAUUGUGUUAAUUUAUUUCUUAGAAUACUAGAACAUGCAAUUUCAUCAGGAAAAUAACAAACAAACAAAAAAGCCACAAGAGCUUGUUUGAAAGUUUAUCGAAAAACACAUGAAAAUACAUGGAACUAAAGUGCCUUGAACAGCUACGAAAGAAGACAGGUGUUGUUUAUUCAUGGUUGCGAAGCCACUCGCUGAGGCACUUGCCGAUAGAUAGCUGCGGCUUGUUUAUCCGACAUGAAGAAUAUAAAUCACAAGCAACUAGAAUACACGCUAUGUAGCCAUUCCCUACAGCAAUCGAGGCGUCAGUAAAGCUUCUUUUCUUGUUCAGCAAAACCAGCUUGUGGCUUCAAACAACGUCAUAACAAGCGACCAAGGUAAUAGUUUUUCUCCGUUGUUCUUACUUUUGUAACUGCUCCAAAAAUCCAAAUUCACAGUAAUUUUGAUGGCGGUUAAGAAUUAUUUUUCUUCACAUUAUCUGCCAGGUUUUUUUAGCUGUCCCGCUGUGUAAAAUCCUAGAGUCUCGAUGAGUUUUUAAAAGUGUUCAUCUUUACAAUGUUUUGAUUUUUCAUUCAUCCAGUCCAGGCGAGUCGGUUCAUGCGUUGACAGUUCUGAUAGACAUGUGACAUGUGAAUAGCGGAACUCCCUUGUCUUUUCUGGUUUGUUCUAACAAGAUUCAAAGGGAUUUUGUGGGCCUUUUUAAUAAAAUAAUUAUUCCACUUGCGCUUGUUGGAUGAGAUGAUUAUUGCCAACUCGGCGCUAUGCGUCUCGUUGGCUAUUUUCCAUCUCAUAUCCAACGUGCCCUUGUGGAAUAAUUGUUAAUUAUAAAGUAACUAAGAUAGUACGUGCAUUCUGAUUGGUUAAAAACCAAUAGUUUAUUGUGCCGGUAAAAUCAUAGAAAACUGAAACAUGCUUUAAAGUUAUUUUAUAAAAGUAAAAGACCACAUUUUCUAAAGGUUUGCUGGUGUGAUAACCCACUUGGGAUGUUGGGAGAAGACUGGAAAAGCUUGUAAACCACCAGCUUAACUUCUCAGAUCUCUGGGCCUCAUGCCCCCAAACCCCCCCUUAGAUACGGUACUCUCGCUUUACCAGCACUUGGUGUCAGGCACCAGUUACUUUACAUUGGGAGCUGGCUACUCUAAAACUUCUGGAGAACACUGAACAAUAGAAAUAUAUAAGAACCAAUGAGCCUCAGGUGUCACAAUCUGCUUGCUUAUCUUCUUAGCCAUGGAAGAACAUGAAAGUCAGGUCCUCCAGGUUGAAUGUAGCAGAAAAUGCUCGCUGCUUGGUGAACAAGAGCAAAGUCAAUCAGCAGGUACUGAUAUAGUUCAUGGUAGAUGGUAUUUAUUAUAAAACUUAAUAAUAUACAUGGAAAAAUUUCUUCAAUGAGAUUGGCUUAGAGCAGUGCAGUUUUUAGUAAACACAGUAAAAAAAACAAGGAAACGUAAUGCAAAAAUAAGGAAAUAAAGUGCAAAUUUCUCAGAGAAUGAAAACCUGUGAACAAUCAGUGUUCUCCAGAAGCGCAGGCGACUGGUGGUUUCGCUGGCUACUCUUAUGACUCAAAACAGUAAAAAAAACUGUCUGUACCUUUUAUCUUGAAUUUUUCAGAAGGUCCUAAAAGAAACAAAAACAAUAGCUUGUCGUACAAAAAGCUCUUUGGUGUAUGACAAUUUGCCUUUUGCUAAUGGUAUUAUCGAUAUAUUUACUGAAUGAUUUUUGAUGAGACAUUGCCAGAUAAUAUUUUUUAGUUAUAAAAUAACUAAGAUAGUACAUGUAUUCUGAUUGGUUAAAAACCAAUAGUUUAUUGUGCUGGUAAUCUCAUAGUAAACUGAAACAUGCUUUAAAGUUAUUUUAUAAAAGUAAAAGACCACAUUUUCUAUGGAUUUACCAGCAUGAUAACUCACUUGGUUCUUGGGAGAACUCUGGAAAAGCUUGUAAAUAACGAGCAAAACUUCUCAGAUCUCUGGGCUUAAUGCCCCCAAACCCCUCCCUUAGAUACAGUACUCUCGCUUUAUCAGUGCUUGGUGUCAGGCACCAGUUUCUUUGCUUUGGGAGCUGGCUACUCUAAAACUUCUGGAUAACACUGAACAAUAGAAAUAUAUAAGAACCAAUCAGCCUUAGGUGUCACAAUCUGCUUGCCCAACUUAUUAACAUUAUAUCUUAUCUUCUUAGCCAUAGAAGAACAUGAAAGUGAAGUCCUCCAACUUGAAUGUAGCAUGGAAAGCUCUCUGCCAGGUGAACAAGAGAAAAGUCAUUCAGCAGGUACUGAUAUACCGGUAGUUGUUUAUGGUAGAUGGUAUUUUAGUUAAUAAUAUACAUGAAAAAAUUUCUCUGUGAAUUUGAUUGGCAUAGAGCAGUGUACUUUUUAGUAAACACAUUAUGCAAAAACAAGGAAACAUAAUGCAAAAAGAAAGAAAUAUAAUGCAAAUUUAUCAGAGAAUGAAAAACUGUGAUUGGGCCAAUAAACAAUAGAAAUUUAUCAGAACUAAUUAAGUGCCACAAUUUGCUGGUGGGAAGCAUGUAUACUUUUAAAACUUCCCCCUUUUUGGUGUAAUUAAUUAUGCUCUGUUGUCUUACCUAAGUAAUCUUUCCUUUUUCUUGUAACACUUUUUUUCUCAAUAUUUUAUUUUAUGAAUUUACCUGAUUAUUUUUAUUUAUUUAUUCAUUGUGGGUUGUUUUUUUUUUCAUUUUUGUAACCAAGAUUUUGAAAUUAAUAAAGGUGUGGGUCGGCGUGUGUGUGUAACAAAUAAGAAUGUUAAAACUUUCAUAUAUAUAUUUUUUACAUGGACUCAAAAGAGCAGCUAUAUAAUCAGUGAUUUUGUUACCUCUGCAUUCUAUCUAUGUUCCUGACACAUAAAAAUCGCCAAAGACAUAAAAUAAUUCAUGGAUAUAUCGAUCUGAACGUGUGUAUUUGUAGAAAUAUCCCGUACGUGUAAUUUCUGUGGCAGUUAUGGUUGUUGUUUAGUGAUGCAUAUUUGUUUUAGCCUUUGUUGACUUCUGCUUUAUAAUAGAAGAACUAUAUUUUAAUUUCAGUAUACUAUAAUACAGAGUUUUGGAGUGUGUCUUCAGAUUAACUGUCUGUGGCUGGUACAUAAAGGCCCAAACAUUUUCCAUUUUGGACUCAUUUUUUUUAACUGGGACUCAUUGGUUCUGGACUGGGACUCAUGAUUUCUCACAAGAUGAGUCCCAGAAUUCAUCAUAUUUAUUUGUAACAAAAACACUGUAUAAUUCAUUGAUUAGACCUUUUGUCAUGUAAUUCAAGUGUUGUUGUUGUGGUAAAAAUGACAAGUCAUCAUGUCUGUACUUAAUUCUCCGUGACUGGAUUGUAGGAUUUUUGUUCUGUUUGUAUUUGAUCGUGCAUUAUUAUUAUGGGAAAACUUACCUUAGGGUUGCAUUACUUUGACUAGGACAAAGUUAAAAUACAUUGAAUUCUCAUAGAGAUAAUUAUUUUUUGGAUUAUAAUAAUGAGUUCAUUGGUUGGGUCACUCCCAUUAUAUUUGAUGACUGGUUUAUGAAAUAUCAGCACUUAGAAAAUGAUUGUCAAGGUUGCUGUAUUAUCCGAAGUUUCAAAAGUAGAAAUAUUGUGUAUUUUCUAUUUGAAAUCAGGUUUUGAGAACACUUCCACAGAUACAGCUUUAUAAUAGUAAUUCUUGUACAGUUAUACAAGCAUGCAGUACUAGGGUGCGAAGAAAAGGAGGUCAGUUUUGUGCUUGUCCUUCGGAAAGGCUGUAGCUUGCUUAGCCCAAGAAUCACAACUCUAUUAUCCCUCAGGCAAGAUAAAAAAUAGAAUCCACUAGCCCCAUAGCUUAUAUGAAUUGUGUAGUUGGUUAAUACAAAUAAUUCAUUUACUAGGAGAAGAGUUGGAACAACACACUCCUGCAGUAGAAAAUGGCCCAAUUGAGGGAGCAAGCAAUGUGCAGGAAACACAGCAACCUCUUCCAGAAGUAAAUAAUAGUAGCCACUUAGAAGAUGACCGCCUAAUUGCUAGAGCAAGGGCAGUUGGUGUGGACUAUGAGUUUCCAAAGCCUGGUGAAGUGGAAACAGAGGAUGACAGAAGAAAAGAUUUUAUUUACUUGAAUCAAGUCCAUUCCUUUUUCUCUCCAACAACAAUGAUAUAUUAA